GCAGAGAAAAAGGACAGAAUGAUGCUGUCCGAGCAAGCCCAAAAGUGGUUUCCGACCCACGUGCAGGUCACAGUGCUCCAAGCCAAAGAUCUGAAGCCAAAAGGCAAAAGUGGCACCAAUGACACAUACACUAUAAUUCAGCUGGGCAAGGAGAAGUACUCCACCUCAGUAGCUGAAAAAACCCUUGAGCCAGUGUGGAAGGAAGAGGCCUCCUUUGAGCUGCCUGGAUUGCUAAUGCAGGAUCCAGAGAAAUAUAUUCUUUUCCUCAUAGUUAUGCACAGGUCCCUGGUGGGUCUGGAUAAAUUUUUAGGGCAGGUGGCAAUCAAUCUCAAUGACAUCUUUGAGGACAAACAAAGAAGGAAAACAGAGUGGUUUAGGUUAGAAUCCAAACAAGGAAAAAGAGAAAACAGGGGUGAGAUAAAGGUCAAUAUUCAGUUUAUGAGGAACAAUAUGACAGCAAGUAUGUUUGACUUAUCAAUGAAGGACAAAACAAGAUCUCCUUUUGCAAAAUUAAAAGAUAAGAUGAAAGGUAGAAAAAAUGAUGGGACUUUUUCUGAUACAUCUUCGGCAAUCAUUCCAAGCACUCCCAUGCCUGAUGCCAGUACUGAGUUUCCAAGUGGUGAAAUACAGAUGAAAUCCAAACCAAAAAAGCCUUUUCUUUUGGGUCCUCAGCGACUCUCUUCUGCACAUUCAAUGUCUGAUUUAACGGGAUCCCACAUGUCCACUGAGAAACUGAAGCCUGGUGCUGUAGGUCACACGCAUCUUCUUGGACGCCAGAUAGAGUCCUUUGGAGUUGUUCCAGAAAAUGGAAGUCUUAAGUCUCCACACAGAAGAGCAUUAAGCUUUGAUACUUCUAAAAUGAACCAACCUGACAGCAUUGUGGGUGAAGGUGAAUCGUCUUUUGGAAGACAAAAUGACCCAUUUACAAAUGUGACUGCUUCAUUACCAAAAUUCGCAACACUGCCAGGAAGAAAAAUCCAUUUGAGGAAAGGCAGUGAAUCAUGGGACAGCAGCAUGAAUUUAUUUUCAAAACCAGUUGAAGUAAGAAAAGAAAAUAAAAGAGAGAAAAGGGAGAAAGUUAGCUUAUUUGAAAGAGUAACUGGGAAAAAAGAUAGCAGAAGAUCUGAUAAACUUAACAAUGGGGGAUCUGAGCCCUGUGACUUGAAGUCACCUAAUGUGUAUGAAAAUCGUCAGGACUAUUUUGACUAUGACUCAACUAAUCCGUUUAACAAAUUCAGGGCUUCAAAUAUAAUGCCAUCUUCAAGUAAUUUUCACAUGAAUCUGACAAGCAAUGAAGACCUCAGGAAAUCCCGGAACAGCAAUCCUUUUGAUGCCACUGCAGGGUACCGCAGUCUGACCUAUGAAGAGGUACUACAGGAGCUGGUGAAACACAAAGAACUCCUUCGGAGGAAAGACACCCAUAUCCGGGAACUGGAGGACUACAUUGACAACCUCCUAGUCAGGGUAAUGGAGGAAACGCCCAGUAUUCUCAGAGUGCCAUAUGAACCAUCUAGGAAAGCUGGCAAGUUCGCCAAUAGUUCGUAAAGCCAGUCUACUGCAUUUAUAUUUGAAAGAGAGAGAGGAAGAAAAAUGAAGAAAAAACCUGUUAUGGAAGAGGCCCCUCUAUCAGGUUUCAUUGCAUGCUCUCUCCAUUGAGAAAAAAUGGUCGUACCUUUCAGUACUAGCAUGGACUAUCAAGAGGGACCUUGGAAGUGAGCAAAAUGCUUUCAACCUUUAAGUGAACAUGGGCCAGAUUCUCAUUGAAUAAGCAGUUCUGUAGGAUUCACCUGGGUGCUGGUGCCUGGCCCACUAAUCUGCCAUAGGCCAAGAAAUAUCUUCUCAAGUCUACGAGUUACUCCUCAGGAAUAGAAUUUUUCAUUAAGCAGAUGGAGACUGUGGUUGGAUUCUCAGAAGUCAAUUUACAGACUUACUUAGCUUCAUGAAUACAGCUCAUUAUAAACACUACUAAAAGUCAGUUCAUAUUUUAUAUACAUACAUGAAUAUAUGUUCGUGUAUCUUUGUGUAUAAAAUACAUGCAUAUACCUCAUAUAUACAUGUGUUUUUAGAACAUUGAAAAGCAACUGGUUGCCUCUAAGGUACGGAUACCAAUUUCUGAGUUGGAAAUGGUACAUUUGCUGUAUUGAUGCAAGACAAGUCGUCAUUACUACCACUAUGGUCCCUCUAGACAGGCCUGCUUCAAAUUGCUCUUGACUGUGAGCCUGGCUUCAGAGUGAGCUGCUGUAUAUGACCCAGCAUCACACUUUUGCUCUUUUUCCAAAAUUGUGGUCUAAGGUCCUUUUUUUAAAGAAUGACAAUUUUAGGAAACUUCAUUAACCUCACAGCAGCAUGAAUUUCUUUGCUUUUUUACCUAACAUGAGUUUUGUUUGAGGUAUAAGCAGAAGAUAAGCUAAUGCAAUUUGUUUUGUUGAAUCCUGCAUGCCUUUAAAUGAUUAGCACAGAAAAUAUUAUGAAGUUAUAUCUGAAAAUAAUGGGAAAAAAGUAGGUAUCAUCGGUGCCUGAUAACCAAGGAAAUGGCCAAUUUCUAGGAAUGAAGAAUUAGACUUGGUUUCAAGUUUCAUCAAUAAUAGAACAGAUGGUUGUCUUUGGGUUUUGAACAAAAUAAGACUUACUAGAAAGGAGUGAAUUUUUAGAGCAGAUGUUUACUAGCAUGUCAUUACAUAGUACCUACAUCCACUCUCUAGAAUUGAUUUAUCACAAAAUUAGGGGUUCUUUUUUAAGUCCACUCCCCUAAAAUGUCGAUUUCUUCCAUGGUUUAGCUCUAUUUUUUGUACAAACUAUUCUGAAAUUUAAGUGGAAAAAAGUGAUAUAAGAAUGUUGCUAAACUUCUGUUUAACUUUUCCGCUUUAAAAAUUUACAAUACUAUGAAAGAGUAUCUGUGUCAUUAAAUGGAAAGUCCAUCUCCAAAUGGAGACUGAUAAUAUUCUCCAGCCCUUUAAUGAACGGCAUUUUCUAAUACUUAACCUCUGUUAAGACAUCAUCGAAAGUUAAAGGAAAAGCAGGACAUAAUAGUUUUGUUAUUGUAAUAUUUUGAAUCAGAGAAUACUUAGCCACGCUUAUAUUCAUAAGCUAAAACCCUUUGUUAUUUGUAUUUUCAGAGUUUCUUUAAUUUUCCUAUAAGGACAUACAUUUUGAAAUUGUAAAAAUUUUUCCCAAUACAAAAAUUAUACUUUUCUAAAAUUAGGAAAUGAAGAAAGAAAUAUAGCUUCCAUCAAUUUUCCCCUCCACUCAUUAUUAAAUUUCUCUGAUAAACCUCAUAACCUAGGAUUUUAUUUUCCAUUUGAGUUCUUGGUAAUUAUUAUCUUAUCUUGGUGCCAUUUAAAAGUAACAUUUAUUAAGUGUUACAAACAUUGCUCUUAGCAGUUUUUUCUGAUAGUAUUGUUGAAACUCUUGCUUAAUUUUUUCAAAACACCAAAAUCCAUGUGUUUCAAGAUUAUGACAGAUACCUGCAGAUAACUGAUAUGCUUUUGCCAAAUUUGUUUAUUCUGGAAUGAACCGAGAUGCCAGUUUUGUAUUGGCAAUAUGCUUUCCAUAAGCAAGGCACAUUUAAAAGUAGGUUCAAGAAGUGCUGUUGUUUUUAUGAGGAAAUUUAUUUUUGAGGAGCCAUUCUUUCCCUCUAUUAAAAUUUAAGAGUAGACUUAUUGUCCAUGAGUGGUUGUUUGUAACUGAAUCAUUAUUUUAUCUUUAAAAUCUAAUGUGUUGUAUUUAAAACUAAAUCUACAUUUACCACUGCCUGAAAAUAUUCUGUUCCAUUGUUUAUGAAUUUUCACUCAUGACCCAGAUGUAAACUUACUACAUAUUUUCAUAAUCAAUCAAUAAAACAAGCUAAAAACAAAAAGUAAAAUGAGUUUCCAAGGUAAACCUGUCAGUGUUUCCUGUGUUUGAGCAGAAGUGCAAACAGUGUCGUUUUAAUUUUCUGGCAUUCUAAGGAAAGGCCAAAAGAUCACUUUAGUUUAUUUUUCCAAAAUGUAACUCUAAGCAUUCUAAUGAUAUAUUUUAUUAGUAGCUUAGAAAUGGAACAAAAUACAUGUGCUCAUUAAAUAAUGCACAGUACAAUAGAUGUAUAAGCAGAUUUUACUUUCUGCUUUUAUGCUUAAAAAGUGCAUGUGCAAAAACACUUCCAUCAACAAGAGGAUUUUUUAAAAUUACAGAAUUGAUGUUAUCUGGUCUAUCUUAUGCUGAUAUACGUCUGUUUUGUUAUUAAACUCUAUCUGCUCUUAUUUUAAAACCAGUAUUGUUUUACAACCAUUUUGCCUCCCAGUUCUACAAAACAGCUUUGAAAAUAUUGACCAAAAUGUCCUACCACUUGGGCUUCAAGUUUCACUUACUGAGUACCAGGGUUGUUAGAGAAUUGUAUAUACUUUAUCGUGUAGUUCAUUUACGAGAAGUGUUGGAGUACUGCUUUUGCUGCUGUCUUCUGUAUUGAGCCUCGCCUUGCAUCCUCCCAUGGAGGGUAGUGUUAUCCAUAGAUUUUACAUAACUACAUCUCUUGCUCUUGGCAGUAAAUCAAGAUUUAGUUGUAAUUUUCCAGCUGUGAAAAUGUUGCCUUGUAUUUAAAAGGGUUUCACGAAUGGAACCUAAGUGAGACUCAGCUCAUUAGUGACAGACUUGCUUUCCUCACAUCCUUCCUUCACCAUCCCCCUUAACCCCAGUGUCCCCCUGCCUACCACCCCUAUAAGGGUGCUUAUUCCUUGACAAGGAAAUCUU